UCGUCUGCGGGGGCAGGGGGACGGGAGGUGAGCAGUCGGGGCGGAUCGUCAGCCGGUGGGGGCGCGGGGGCCCGCACAGCAUGGAGGUCGCCCUGGACUGCGCGGGAGCCCUCAUCAGGCCUCUGACCUUCAUGGGAUCCCAGACCAAGAAAGUGCUGUUCACUCCCCUCAUGAAUCCGCCGCAUCCUUUCCGUGUCUCCAACCAUGACAGGAGCAGCCGUCGAGGGGUGACUGCAGGCAGCCUGAAGGAGCUCAUUAGCAAGACUCUGGAUGCCUUAGCAAUAACUACUGGACUGAUUACUGUGGUGCUGGAGGAAGAUGGCACAGUGGUGGAUACGGAAGAAUUCUUUCAGACCCUGAGAGAUAAUACACAUUUCAUGAUCUUGGAAAAAGGACAGAAAUGGACCCCAGGCACAAACUCCAUCUCAACCAUAAAACGGCAGAAGAAGGCGGGAAUAGCUAAAGUCACAUUUGACUUGUACAAGUUGAAUCCCAAGGACUUCAUUGGGUGCUUAAAUGUGAAAGCCACUAUCUAUGAGAUGUAUUCCGUCUCCUACGACAUCAAGUGUGCAGGAGCAAAGACUCUGCUGAGGCGACUGCUUCGGUUCCUGUCCUACAUGGCUCAAGCAACUGGACAAUUCCUGAUCUACACUGGGUCUUAUGUGCUGCACGUGCUGGGUGAAAGCGAGGAUGAUCGUCUCUUCUUAAAGAACAAACACUAAAGGGUGGAGGAUGUAGACAACAGAAGUGGAUAUUUUAACAUUAGGUGAGAGGAAUCUGGUAGACCUCUCUUCUGUCCAAAUGUUUAACUUUUUUUUUUUUUUUUUUAGUGGGUUGCUUUUGUUCUUAUACAGGUCAUUUCCAGGUAAUUUUGUGCUCUUGUGCAGGUGUGUGGGUAUUUUUUGAGGGUUAUGCCUACAACAGGGGUGACGUUUAGAAGUCUUCUGUAGUGAAAGAAAAAAUACAUUUGACAUACCACUUUCGAGCCAUGGAAACCAAAAAGCAGAUGAACCCUGUGGUGCAGCACACUGAACAUAUUAGACUGGGUUGAUUCCUCACACACUGAAAUAGGCACGAAUAAACUAUUUCAAAAAAAAUUA